AUUGCCGCAUCGCAUUCCAUUCCCUUUCGACCCAAUCCUGGCGGGAAAGUUCAUUGCAAUCAAGCACAAGAUGAUUUGCCAGCGAUGUCUCCAGCGGCUCGGCCAACCACGAUCCUUCUCACGACACGCCAUCAGCAGCAGCAGCACCUCCGCCCGGAAUUUUUCCCGGGCAACGUCACGAGCAGCCCAGGCCGUCUCAGCACAAACCGCGACCGCAACCAACCCUCGACCCAACGACCUCGCCGCCGCGACCUCCACAUCCGCCGCACAGCCCUUCAGCGCACCGCUGGUCUCCGGUGCGAGGCAAUCCGAUCUCGGUCCGGCCGAGCAGCAACCCCCGAAGGUCGUCUCCAGCUGCCCGGCGGGGACGCCAUUGAAAGGCCUCAAUUUCAAGAAAAAUGCACAGGAUCCGCUAGCGUUGGAGGAUGAGGCGUAUCCGGCGUGGCUGUGGAGGGUCUUGGAUAAGAAAGCUGGUGCAGAUGAUGUUGUGGGUGGAGAGGGUGACAUGUUAGCCAAAUCGAAGAAACAGCGCCGCAUCGCCGCCAAAGCUCUUCGAAAACAGCAACUCCUCAACCCAGGCUUACUCGAGCCAAAGAUCCCGCUGUACGAACAGACCAUCGAUCUGCCCGCUGGCGAUGGCUCCUUACAGGGCUCCAAAGACGCCAUCGCCGCGCGUACCGAGUUAACCAAAGCUAUGCGCGACAAGCGGAGAAGCAAGAUCAAGGAGGACAAUUUCUUGAAGGAGAUGCGAUAGUGGACUGGUGGUGGUGGCUAGAGCUUGGGGAGAAGUCAUGUGGCGCGAUCGUCCGCACUGAUGGAAUAUGGCCAAUGCCCUUUGUCGAACAGGGCGAGCGAAGUGUACAUUACGGGAACAGUGUACAAAAAUUAUAGAUUAUGCGUCCGACGCGUAACAAGUCGAAUCCAAUUAUUUGUAAUGAUGAUCCUACAUCAUCACAUUUGCACAGCUUGACACUUGAUCAGCAGGCGUGCACUGUACUUGACUACGGCCAUGCCGAGUUGAAAUCUGGCAAAUCACCAAAGCACAAAUGUUAAAAUCAAUUCACGAGGAACGAACCGAUACAUACGAAAUCGAGCAAGUCCAA